AUGGCGCUCAAGCCGGACUCCUAUGCUACACUGAAUGAUGGGCAUAAAAUGCCAGUGAUUGGAUUUGGCACCUAUGCUCCGGAAACGUACACCAAAGAACAAGCUGGGGAGAGCACCAAGGUGGCCAUUGAGGCUGGAUAUCGCCACAUUGACUGCGCUUUUAUCUAUGGGAAUGAGGUUGAGGUUGGCCAAGCCAUCAGAUCAAAGAUUGCUGAUGGGACGGUGAAGAGAGAAGACAUUUUUUACACUGGGAAGCUUUGGAGUAAUAACCACGUUCCUGAGAGAGUCCGACCUGCCCUGGAACAUUCUCUGAAGGAUUUGGGGCUGGAUUACAUGGAUCUCUUCCUUAUCCACAACCCCGUGGAGUUUAAGCCUGGAGAUGACCCCUUUCCCACAGAUGAAAAUGGAAAACUGAUUUUUAAUAACACCGAUAUCCGGGAUACAUGGAAGGCUAUGGAAGCGUGCAAAGAUGCUGGGCUCGCCCGAUCCAUCGGUGUUUCUAAUUUUAAUCGCAGCCAAUUGGAACUGAUUCUCAACAUGCCAGAACUCAAGUACAAACCCGUCUGCAACCAGGUGGAAUGUCACAUAUUCCUCAAUCAAAGUAAAUUACUGGAGUUCUGCAAAUCUCGUGACAUUGUGCUGGUUGGAUACAGUGUACUGGGGUCCAGCAGAGUAGAGAACUGGAUUGAUCAGAAUUCUCCCAAAGUGCUUGAAGACCCUGUUUUAAACAAAGUUGCUGAGAAACUUAACCGCACCCCGGCGCAGGUGGCCAUGCGAUAUCUGCUACAGAAGGGAGUGGUGGUCCUUGCCAAAAGCUUCAGCCCUGAGAGGAUCAAACAGAACUUCCAGGUUUUUGACUUUGAAUUAAGUGAUGAAGACAUGAAAGCUCUUGAUGGAGUCAAUAAAAAUUUGCGCUACCUGUCUAUCGAUAUCUGGAAAGAACACCCUAAGUAUCCCUAUAACGAUGAGUAUUAAGAACACUGAGCAAUCACUCCGCAUCCAUCCUAUAAAGCUUGAUGUCUUAGUUCCCAAGUAUGGCAG